GGUCGGCCCGCGCUGCGGGCAGCGCUGCUGGCCGCGCUCGGUUCACAGUCGCAGCGGCCCGACCCCGCUCUCCGGACCUAGGCAGGCGGUGGCCGCUCGGCCGCUCCCGGGGCCACAUGGCUGAGGGGGACACAGGGAGCGACCAGAGGCAGAAUGAGGAAAUUGAAGCAAUGGCAGCUAUAUAUGGCGAGGAAUGGUGUGUCAUUGAUGACUGUGCCAAAAUAUUUUGUAUUAGAAUUAGCGACGAUAUAGAUGACCCCAAAUGGACCCUUUGCUUGCAGGUGAUGCUACCGAAUGAAUACCCAGGUACAGCGCCACCUAUUUAUCAACUGAAUGCUCCUUGGCUUCAAGGGCAAGAACGUGCAGAUUUAUCGAAUAGCCUUGAGGAAAUAUAUAUACAGAAUAUUGGUGAAAGUAUUCUUUACCUGUGGGUGGAGAAAAUAAGAGAUGUCCUAAUACAAAAAUCUCAGAUGACAGAACCAGGCCCAGACGUAAAGAAGAAAACUGAAGAGGAAGAUAUUGAAUGUGAAGAUGAUCUCAUUUUAGCAUGUCAACCAGAAAAUCCAGUUAAAGCAUUGGAUUUUGAUGUCAGUGAAAAUCAAACAGAAAUAGAAGAAUUACCUCCGAUUGAUCAUGGCAUUCCUAUCACAGACCGAAGAAGUACUUUUCAGGCACACUUGGCUCCAGUAGUUUGUCCCAAACAGGUGAAAAUGGUUCUUGCCAAAUUGUAUGAGAAUAAGAAAAUUGCUAGUGCCACCCACAACAUCUAUGCAUACCGAAUAUAUUGUGAGGAUAAACAGACCUUCUUACAGGACUGUGAGGAUGACGGGGAAACAGCAGCUGGGGGGCGUCUUCUCCACCUCAUGGAGAUUUUGAAUGUGAGAAAUGUCAUGGUGGUGGUAUCACGCUGGUAUGGAGGGAUUUUGCUAGGACCAGAUCGCUUCAAACAUAUCAACAACUGUGCCAGAAACAUUCUAGUGGAGAAGAACUACACAAGUUCACCAGAGGAAUCAUCUAAGACUUUGGGAAAGAACAAAAAAGUAAGAAAAGACAAGAAGAGGAGUGAACAUUAAUACCUGAAACUGUAUGAAAGGUUAAUUUGCCUGUAAUCAUAUACAAAUCCCACAGUCAUCAAGGAAUAUGUUGUGCAGAGAGAGAAUCCUGGACUAUUCAAGUCAGCCAACUCAUUGGGGACACCAAUAUUAUCUUUUCUUCUUUGGCUGUAUCAUCUGCCAAAAAUAGAGAACUUGUGAUAUUUUCUUGAGUGUUUCAGGCUGAUUCAGAAGGAUUAAUUUGAAGUUAAUCACCACUUCAUAUAAUUUUAGGAAGGUAACAGUUGCCCAGGGCAGUACCUGAAUUAACUGUGCAUUUCAUUACAUGUCAAGUGCCUUUGUUAGGUGGGGAAGAAGUGUCUCUAGAGGAAUAUAAAUACCUGAUUUCUUGUCAUUGGGAUUCUCGUUUUGUUAAAUGAAUAUCACCUUUUACUGCUUUUUACUGCUCCGUAUGGCUUAUUGAAAUAGGGGCUCAUUGAAGAUUGAUCUUAGAGAGUUUCUUCUUGUGAUUUUAGUUCAUAAGUAUGUCACCUUUCAUUUUAUAGUGCUCAUGGAGUGAUGGAUUAAGUGAAAAUCCAGGAGUAUCCAUCUGCAGUUAUGUGCUGAAGUGAUAAUUCAUCUAACAGAUUCAUUAGCAUAAGCAUUAUGCCUCAGUUUCUGUCGCAAAUUGGUGAUUGUGAAAUUUCAAAAAGUGAUUUUCUAGUCUCUACUUUUUUUGUUUAAUUCUUGUACUGUUAAGCAAUAAAUAUGGUGUGCCUGUAGUCUCCUCCCACCGCCGAAAUGUGUUGGUGUAAUAUUCUGGUUUCUUUUAACAACCUGGAAGUACUUUCUUGUGAUCUUCAUUGAGAAAUUAGAACUAUGCCAGAAGCUGUGCUAUGGUUAACGGAACAUUUAUGGAAUGGGGUAGAGGUGGCAGAACACCACUGGUGUAAGGUGAGAGUGUGUUGUGUAGUUCUGUAAAUGUGAUGCACAUUUCCCAUCCACAGUCCUCCAGCUAUCUUUCUCAACUCCAUGACUUUGUGGAGAGAAGGAGCAAAUCUUUGAUUGGAAAAACAGAAAAUCCCUCUUUUUUUCCAUCUUCCUUUCAUCAGUGCUUUAUAAAAGUUCCUUCUUUCAUCUGCAAGUUGUGCAGUUUACCUCUAGGCAUCUAGACAAUAAAUUUAUCCAUGAGAUAUAAGUCAUUAACUGUUCCCUUUUAGAUAAUGAUUGCAAACAAUUAUUAAAAAUUAUUAAUUGGUAACAGAUUUACUUGAGAUUCCCUUCCAAAGAGAGGGAACAGAAAUAAGGAAGCAAUUUGGGAUGGUGCUGGAACAUGGAAGACAUCAGAGAAGAGUGGACACAGAUUUUUUUCUAUUCUCUGAUGUUUGACCUUUAAGAGAUCUAACAUCCUAACUUGGUAUUUUUAAUAAGAAUCUAGUAAACAGCUUUACACUAGGAUGGAUUUUGAGAAGUAAAAUCUGUAUUGGUUGUAAGUGUGUUUAAUUGUUGUAACCUAUAUUUAUUUAAAACACUUACCUCAGAGUCCAUGAAAAUAUUAAGUAUGUUUUAUGUAUUAACUGUUAAAAUAAUUAAAGACCUUAAAGACCAUUAAUUAACAUUAAAAUAACUUCACAAUUUUGGCAUGUCAAAACCUGUGAAAGAAGAUAUAAAACAGUAAGAAUUGCUGCUACAGAAAAAUGAAUGUGAGUUAAUUUUUCUGCAACACUAAAUUUGAAUUCCCUUUUAGCUGUUUUAUCCAACAUUUAUUUAGGUCUUUAUAGAAAACGUUUUUAUCUCUGAUCCCAUUUUCCCUUAUUAAAAAAAUAUUUUUGCUUCUUUCUUUUAUUAACCACAUUUUCCAGACUAAAAAACCCUAAUAUCCUUUGCCCGAAGUCAGAUAGUAAAAAGGAGAGACCCAAAAGUCUCCAGUUCUGGAACGUGAGUUAUUUUACACUCUUCAUUAUGGACCCCUAACUAGUUAUAGUAUCUUUUUGUCUAUUUAAAAUUUGUCUAUUUAAAAUUUGUCUAUUUAAAAUUUUGUCUAUUUAAAAUUUUUGUCUAUUUAAAAUUUUGUCUAUUUAAAAUUUUGUCUAUUUAAAAUCUUACAAAGUAGCAAGUAAUGGGAAUAGCAGUAUGAUUUGGAGGUAUAUAUCAUGAAAUAUAUGGGAAUAGCAGUAUUAUUUGGAGGUAUAUAUCAUGAAACAUUUGAUAGAUACCUAUUUGAAGAGACAUUAUAUCAAACUAAUCACAACCAAGAAAGAAUAGCAUGAAGCAGAUACUGUUCGAAGGCAGGUAAAAUUUAUUGCAGAAAUUGCAUAGUCACCUGUAAUUCCACUGUCUAGAGAUAACUAUCGUUAACAUUUGGUAUGUACGUCCUUCUAUUUUUUUCCUAUGCAUGAUUUUGUAUAUAUGGCUAUUUUUCUUUCCAUAAAAAUGGUACUAAACUGUAUAUACUGUUUUCUAUUUGGCAUAUUUCAUAUAGAAGUAUAUUGUUAACAUUUUCCCAUGUCAAUAAAUAUUCUUCUAUGGCUUAA